GGGCGGGUAAAAAACAUUUUAUCCCUCAGUGAACAAAUGAACUGAGCCUAUCUGUUUUGGCAUGAAAAAAAUUUAGUAAAGCUAACAUAGUUUGGAAAAACAUAAUUCCAAGCGUAAAAAAUGCCACAGAAUGAACACAUUGAACUUCAUAAAAAACGAUUUGGACAAUCGUUGGAUCACUCAGAACGCUUACGGAAAAAGCUAGCUAGAGAGCCUCACAAAGUAUCGCAAAAAGCUCAAAAACUACGGGGCAUCAAAGCGAAAUUAUUUAAUCGUCAGCGCUAUGCCGAAAAAGUGGAGCUACGAAAGAAAAUCAAAGUGCACGAAGAAAAAGACGCCAAGCAAAGAGAACCGGAAUUAGUUCCUGAUGGAGCGAUUCCAGCGUACUUGUUGAACCGUGAGGGGGUUUCUCGUACAAAGAUAUUAAGCAAUAUGAUCAAACAAAAACGAAAAGAAAAAGCUGGUAAAUGGCAGGUACCUAUCCCCAAGGUAAAAACACUUUCCGAAGACGAAAUGUUUAAGGUGAUGCGUACAGGAAAACGAAAAAAAAAGGCAUGGAAGCGUGUUGUCAACAAAAUUUGUUUUGUUGGAGAAGAUUUUACUCGAAAACCUCCAAAGUACGAACGCUUUAUACGCCCAUCUGGUCUUAGAUUUAAAAAAGCUCACGUGACGCAUCCCGAAUUAAAAACAACUUUUCAUUUGGAUAUUCUCGGAGUGAAAAAAAAUCCUCAAUCUCAACUUUAUACGAAUUUAGGUGUUAUUACAAAAGGAACCGUCUUAGAGGUCAAUGUGAAUGAGCUUGGUCUUGUCACACAAACUGGAAAAGUUGUUUGGGCCAAAUAUGCUCAAGUCACCAACAAUCCGGAAAUCGACGGAUGUAUAAAUGCCCUUCUACUCGUAUAAUUUGACAUUUUUGUCAUUAGUCAAAUCGACAACAAGAAAUUCACUGUCUUAUCUUUUUCCACCUCUUACCUAUCAUUCGUAUUUCCUUGUAUUUUGACUCAUGUUAUUUUUCGUUAUUAAGGUCCAUAAUUGGUUUAUCUCUGAAACGAAACAAUAAAACUUCUUUGUUUAAUGAACAUAUAACAGAAAUAUAAAACUG